AUGGCACGAAAUAUGCAAGUAGGUCAAUUGGAACCUUUUGAUGAAUCAACAAGUGAUUGGCCAGCAUACGACGAACGUUUGCUAGCGUACAUACAGGUCAACCACAUUGAAGACGCUGAUAAAGUUUUCGCGCUCGUUAGUAUCGUCGGUGCUAAGACGUAUGGGCUGCUGAAGUCCCUGUGUAGUCCAGACAAGCCAACGUCGAAGACCUUUGAUGUAGUGCUUAAAUUACUAAGGGCACAUUUUACUCCCGAACCUUCAGUCAUCGGCGAACGAGCAAAAUUUCACCGGAGGACUCAACGAGACAAUGAAAGCAUCACGGAAUUUGUUGCGUCACUGCGCAAAUUGGCAGAAACGUGUGACUUUGGAUUGUUCUUGGACGAGUCCCUACGUGAUAGAUUCGUGUGCGGCCUUCAACGAGUUGAAAUACAACGUGUACUCUUCACUGAAGAUAAAAAGCUUUCUUUUCAAAAAGCCGUCGACAAGGCCUUGGCACUGGAAAACGCCUCCAAGAAUGCCACGGCGACCCAUGCAAAGUACGAAAGUCCUGGUGACCUGUUCAAGAUACAGGCGGAAAAAACACGUAGCGGCUUGUCUGCAGAAUGUUAUGGGUGCGCUUCAGCAAAGCAUGCCUCGUUAUGGUGUCCUUUCAUCAAUGCCACUUGCUAUCAGUGCAACAAGAAAGGCCACAUUCGCAGAGCUUGCAAGUCCAGGGCGCGGAAGAGAUAUCAGGGCGGAAAACCUAUUCCAAAAAGGUAUGACACAGUUCGGACACUAUCUAUUCCAAUAAAAGAAAUUCAAGAUGGAAAAAGCGAUCCUAUUGGUGUAACAAUGACUGUUAACGGGUUUCCACUCACCAUGGAGUUAGACACUGGAGCAGCCGUCUCCGUUAUUUCUGCUCAUGAUUUCAAAGCCACAUUUGGAUAUGGCCAGUUUCAGAAAACAGAUUUGAAGCUAAGGACCUAUACAGGUGAAGAAGUUGCGCCGCUAGGAGUAGUACAAGUACAAGUGCAGUACAACAACCAAGCUGCGUCGUUGCCCUUGUACGUCGUUCACCAGCCUGGACCACCACUUUUGGGCCGUCAGUGGUCACGCUGCAUACGUCUGGACUGGCCAUCGCUGUGCAACUUCUGUCGUGUCAGUGUGCCCCAGGAUACCGCGAAAGAUGUCAGAAGGAAGUUGAAAUUCAUGCUAGACAAGUACGGUGCCAUUUUCAAGGAUGAGCUGGGGACGGUGAAAGGUGUGAAGGCACAACUUUUUCUCAAGGACGGUAGUCGCCCAACGUUCAUGAAAGCCCGCAGUGUACCUAUUGCGCUACAGCCAGCAGUAGAACAGGAGUUGUUGAAGUUGCAAGACUUGGGAAUCAUUAACCCAGUACUGGUGAGCGAGUUUGCAACGCCAAUAGUACCGGUAAUCGAGAAAGAUGGAUCGCUGCGUAUCUGCGGCGAUUACAAAACAACUGUCAACCCAAUGCUCGACAUCGAUCAUUACCCUCUGCCAAAAAUCGAGGAAUUACUGUCAAGCCUAGCUGGUGGCCAGAAAUUCUCGAAGAUAGAUUUGAGCAGAGCGUACCAACAAAUUGAAAUGUGUGACGAAUCUAAGAAGUAUUUGACCCUUAAUACUCAUAAGGGAUUGUUUGAAGUUAAUCGUCUUCUUUUUGGAAUCGCAUCAGCCCCAGGGAUAUCCCAGCGUAUAAUGGAGAACGUCCUGAAAGGAUUACCGAAGGUGUGCGUUACUUGGACGACCUACUGGUUACGGGGUCGACACCGGAAGAACACCUGGCCAACUUGGAUGCAGUCUUGA